AUGAAACUCUUCAUUCCUACCCUCAUCGCCGGCGUGGCACUAACACUUAAUCACGCGGAUGCACUUAACGUCAAGCUCUAUGGUGUAAACUACAGCAUCCGUAAGGGACCUGAAUGGGCUUCUGUUGAUGGAAAGUGCAAGACCGAAGCCGAGGUGGCCAAGGAUAUGGAAACGCUCGCAACGGUAACGGAACGAGUUCGUAUCAAUAAUUUGUUGGACUGCAACGUGUCCUCGCUCGUACUACCUGCUGCCAAGAAAGCCGGCCUUAAGGUGCAUCUCGGUAUCUGGGUGUCCAAGGGCGAAGAGCAAAUGCAGAAUGGAAAGGACCAAUUGGCCAGUCUUAUUCAGUCGGGCUUAUACGACAACAAUGUCGUCGCGGUGGACGUAGGGUCUCAAUCAAUCUCUCGUGAGCAAGUUGACGCGGAUAUUGCCGUUACUCAACUGAAUUCGGUUCGUGAUCAAAUUCGCCAAAGCGGCUUUGACACACCUGUCACGAUCGCUGAAACGAUUGAUACCUACGUGGCAAACCCAAAGCUUACCGAUGCGGUGGAUUUCGUUAACAUCAUUUACUUUCCUUUCUGGGAGCGCGUCCAAAGCAACGAAGCUGCCUCCAGAGUCCUUGAUCGUCUAAGGAACUUACGUAUGACAGCUGAGUUAGCUCACAAGAAUAUUGAAAUCGCAGAGACUGGUUGGAGUUCACGUGGAACGGAUCCAAAUGCUGCUGUUGCCAGUCCACAAGACCAGGCCAGGUUUUUGUUGGACAUGCACCAUGUGUACGUUGAAAACGAAAUCCCUUUCUACUGGUACACCUCCAGUGACCAGCCAUGGCGUGUGAAAGAGAUCGAGGCAAACUUUGGUCUUUUCACAAACAACACUCUUAAGCCAAACAUUGACCAACUGAACAUCACCCUGACAAAUGCGAACUUCAUCCAGAAUGAAGCGACGAGUUUGUACUUGUCGGAAUCUGUGAACGAAGUUUACAUGUGGGAAAAGUCGAAUGAUACCAUGGCUACGGAAGAGCAGGUAUGGCGCUGGAAUCCUGAUACGCAACAAUUGCGUUGCCAGAGCAAUUUCCAGUGUCUUGACGCUUACCAGCCUCAAGACCGCGGUUUCGUCCACAUGUGGCCUUGCAUUGACACCGAACGCAAUCAAAAGUGGAAUUUUGACCCUGACUCCAAACAGCUCAAGCACGCCUCAUACGUUGGCUUAUGUCUUGACAUUGAUAUACUACGCUCGAAUCGUAUUCAGCUCUUCACUUGCUCGAACUCGAGUUUGACCCAGAAGUGGCAAUUCUUUGAAAAACCCUCGGCUUACUAA